AGCGGCGGUCACUUUACUAACAGAGACGUUGACCCUUUGAGCAGGCCGAUUUUUUUUUUGCUGUGGUUCACACACACAUUUGUUGUGCGCAUAGUAUGCAAUUUUCUUUAAUGUCUUUAUUUCGCUUUUUAAUUAUUUCAUCAGUUGCAGUGAAAAUUUCGAGAAUUUAUGCAACCGACUUUUCCAGCUUAAAUUACAAUAGCGUACUAAUGUAGAAAGAAUUUUUGAUUUGUGUGGAAAAUGUAAUUUUUUUUCCAGUUGAAGAAAAUUGUUCAAUUUAUUCCAAAUUUAAAAAAAAAAUGAUUAUGUAUUUAGUGCGCAUUCAUUGCGCUUUGUAGUGAUUAAGAUGUGUAUAAAUUAUGAUGUGUUUUUGAACAAUUUGCAUCGACUUCAUCGAUUUUUUUGCGAAAAUUCAGUCAACAUAAUUCUUCAUUCAAAAGUUCUUUUGUCUAUGUUUUCUCUAAAUAAAACCCAACUAAUAAAAUUAUGAAUAAUUUAUUAAAUAAGAUAACACAUCAAAUGAAUUACUGAACGAUGAACAAAAAGUUGGAAACGAAAAUUUGUAUUUGAUAACAAAAUAGCGAUUGACCCAAUUGAGUGCAGGCUCGAAUAACAAAAAAAAAACUAUGUUAUCUUAAUAUGGUAAAAAAAAAGAGUCAAACAAAUUUCAUUAGAAACGGUUUGGUGUUCGAGUGCAUUUGUGUUGACUGUAAACUUCAUCGUUUCGUGCAUAAACUUGACGUUCUUCAGGUGAACAACAUUUCACACUCAGCUGAUCAACAUUGAACAUCUAUUGCUCUCUUUCGUUCGGUCGACUGCGAUGAAACACAUAUGUAACGUCGCGCGUUUGAAUCGCGCGUAUGUGUCAUUAUCCACAUAGUACAUGAUGUGAGUGGCAAAUGUACGUAUCAUACGCUGAACUGUUCAUAGGGUUGUCUCGCUUGCUCGAGUGUGCUGCUAUGGCGGUGCGACAAAGGCAGCAUCGCUCGAAAUAAUAAACAAAAAAAAAACAGUCAUGCUUGUCAGUGUGACGUUUCUCGAAUGUAAAUAUAAAUAUCACGUAGUCGAUGUGACGGCAAAAGAGAGGCGAAUCAUAGGCAGAUCGCUAUAGCAAGAUUAAUGUUUAAGCGAGAUGAAGAGAAAUGAUUGAGUUGCGCGUCCGAAUAAAAACCAUGCUGUUGCUGCUGCUGUUGUUGUAUUCUUUUAUGCGUGUUUGUGGGCAAAAUGUACAACUGUAUGUGGAUACACAGUGAAAUAGAUAAAUUGAGGAAAAAGUAAUCGUCUACAGCUCAUAAGCAAUCAUUCAUAGUCCAAAAAGAAAAACGAUCACACACAACACAAACAUAAUUCAUUUCUCGUAUAAAUAUAAAAUGAAAUUCUAUCUUUGAUUUUGUUGUGAUUCAAACCAAAGAACGAACAGACAAAAGACAAACAACAACAAAAGCAGAAAAACAAUUUUUUGUGAUGCAAUCGUUUGAUAAAAAGAAUCAAAUAGAAAAUUCCAAAUUAAAGUGCACUAAACUUGUUUGAAAAUAUACAAUUCAUUCGCAUCGUUCGUCAUUCGUCGUGUGUCGUAUGAACAAAAAAUUGAUUGAAACUUGAAACCAUUUUACGCAGUGAAUGUGCCGUGCUUCGUGUGUGACUCUUUUAAAUUGUUUUUAUUAAUUUUUUUAUGGGGUCAAUGUGAUUAACAAAAUAAUAAAUCAAAUCAAUCGCUUGUGAAGAAGAAAAGAGUGCGCAAAAAGUGAAUUUUGAUUGUGAUACAUUGAUGGUGACAAAACGUAAAAACAACACGACAAUAACAGCCAGCAGUAGUAGUCGUCGUCACAAACAGACGGUGGGAAGAGAAAUGACAAAAGAAUCAACAAAUAACAGCGGCUAUUUUGCACACAAACAUCCCAAAAUAUAACAUAUUUAUUUUCGCUAUUUUUGCUUCAUUCGGCAAAGUCGCAUUUUGAGUCGGGGCAUUGCAAUAAAAAGAAGGAGCUUUUCCAUCUGAGCUCUCAUCGACCGUAGUGAAUAUGUGCAAUUUUAGAAUUGAUUCAGUGAAAUAAAAGAGAGAAAAAGAGGGAAAGCGAGAGAGCUAAGCAAAGAAAAAGCGAGAUAAAAGUUGUAGCGUUUUGAAAGUGACGAUUCGUGGAAAUAAUGUCGGUCAAUGCAGUAAACCUAACGGAAUCUAACGAUGUGAACUAUGUGUGGAAUAAUACCGAAUGGGAUUUUAUCCCAGAUCCAAUCUUAUUGAAAAUUCUUACUCAAUUACCUGUUCGUGAUAUACUAAAUGUAAGUGAGUGCUGUCGUCGAUGGAAUGACAUUAGCAAAGAUGAUUAUCUGUGGAAGAAGGUGUUUCAGCGUGAUUUCAAAGUGGACAAAGCGAUUGCAUUGAAACCAGGCGCUGAAUCCUGGUACAAUGAAUACAAACGACUGACUUACAAUAUACCGAUGGUGCUAACGGAUGAAUUACAAUAUGCACACUCCCAUCAAGUAUUGCACGUGAGCUUCUCACACAACGGCCGAAUGUUUGCCACCUGCUCGAAAGAUGGAUUUGUUCAUAUAUGGAAUUCAUCGUAUCCUGCAACAAUCAAAUACUCGCACGACAUGCGAAAGUUUAGCUGGAAAUACACUCAAUAUUCUCAAUUCAAUCAAAGUGAUACACUGUUGCUGGUUUCUGGCGUACAUUUUGGAUCGCCACAUUCGACGUCCGGUGAAAUUGCUGUAUUCAGUGUGACUGGUGAUUCUCACCUUCGAUGCAGAGUUGUAAAUCGGCCCUAUGACAUUUUCGGUACAUGGUUUAGUGAUCAACAUUUGAUAUCGGGUGAUUUGCACUGGCUGGCCCAUUUGGUCAGCACAUCCGUGUUGUGGUUGAAUAAGGCGAAUCAAGAAGUCGAUUCAGAGCACGUUCCCAUCAUGAAUCAACUGUAUAAAUUUUAUAAUCGAAAUGCCAGUUCUAUUCGUGGCAUUACGAUUGCGAAUUGCCCUUGGCUGGAAGAUGACAACGAUCCAAUGCCAGAUGACACACAAAUAGCAACGAAUGUCACAAAUACUGAACCAACUCCGUCGACAUCGGACGAUGUGAAACGGGCUGGAAAUCCAUUGUCACAACCAAAAAUGAUACAGGUUCCUCCAUUGCAUUCAGGGACUGCUGCUUCUUCGUCAGCAGCCGAUAGUAUUAGUUUGCAACACAAUCGAAGCACAGACAAUUCACGCUCAAUCCAUUAUCUGGCCGAGUUUAGAGAGGAGUUUGAAGACAAUUACUGUGAAGUUGAUAACUCAUUCGAUGACAGCGAUUUUGAUGAUGAUAGCCAAGCGAUGGACGAAGAUAUGGAAGAUGACUUUGAGGACGAUGAUUUGGACAAUCUUUCGCCGAAAUAUUUGAUCUUCUCUACUGGAUCGAAAACAUACACGCCGCAUCAAAUCGGCUUUAAGCGUAUACGCAACGUUAACUUUCCGAAGAAGCUCGAUCCAGGACCAACGCUCAAAGAACGAAUUGCCGCCAAGGAACGAGAAAAAGCGCUUCAGGUCAACGAGCCGCGUGUUGAUCCUGAUUGGUUAGACUAUGAUUCGGUUGCAAAUCGAUUUGAUAAAGUUGACAAGUUGAUCGAUUUGCAUGGUCAUAUCAUUGGCAUGGGAUUGAGUCCAGAUCAUCGAUAUCUGUACGUGAAUAGCAGGCCAUGGCCAAAAGACUACAUUAUUUCAAAUCCAUUGGAACCACCGCCAAUUGCACAAGAGAUCGAUAUUCAUGUCAUUGAUUUGGCCUCGUUGAAAAAAGUUGGCAACAUGUUACGUUCACACAAAGCCUACACUCCGAAUACGGAAUGCUUCUUCAUCUUCUUAGAUGUUUGUGAUAACUAUGUGGCCAGUGGAGCUGAAGAUAUGCAUGCAUACGUUUGGGAUCGAUAUUAUGGCAUUUGUCUCGCCAAGUAUCAGCAUACAGAUGUAGUAAAUAGUGUGGCCUUUAAUUCACGGGAUUCAGAAAUGUUAGUUACAACCAGUGAUGAUUACACCAUUAAGAUUUGGCGUUCGAUUGACCGGUGCCGUGAGUUGAAUGCAACCGAGAUAAAGCGAGCCGCUGAAUUUCGCAAAUAGAAACGAUAUAUCAAAAACAGACAAAAAAAAUAACAACAGAAAGUUAACUGGAUAUGGAAUUAGACUAAGAAAUGGCUUUAAAAAAGAAAGAUAUUUGUGUUUGACAGUCAAAAUUGUUGUAUUUAGACGAAACAAAGUGAUUAGAAAAAAAAAUUUCUUUAAAAUUUGAUAAACCGAUUAAGUUCCAAAUAUUCGUAUAGUAAGAACGAUGGUUUUUAACCAAUUGUCUAGAGACAUUAUGCUAUUAUUACCAAAAUGAAGUAUGAAGUGUGACGACAGUGAUGAUGUUAGAGUUACGUACGAUAAGAAACAGAAUAUUUUAGAUAGAGACAAAAAAAAAUAAAAAAAGAAGAACUGCGAUUGAAUGGCGUCAACAGAUAAAGAAAUAUAUGAAUUUUCAGCACCUCUUGGAUGUAUGCGCUCAUCGAUGCUGCUUCAAUUUUGUCUAUGCAUCACCAGAAUAAUCCAAAUACCAAUCCACAGAGUUUAUCAAAGACCUUUGAGAUUAAAUCUAUUUACCAUUUUUUUAUAUAAUUUAUUUUAAUAAAACUCAAAAUCUUUAAAUAAAAUGAA